AUGCAGGAAGCAUCCGUCAGGACGAGCCUCUUACCUGAGAGGAGACUAGAGACCACUUUCGAUUCCACCGGAGACAGACACCAUGGGCUGGGCUCAGAUAAGGAGUGCUGGCGCGCGAUACGAACGGUCGGAGAAGGUUCUUUCGGCAGCGUUUGGCAGGAAAGCUGCAUCUCCGGGCCGUCAAAGGGGGCGGUUCGGGCUGUGAAGCACCUUCAUAAACGGCAGGCAAGAUUCCUCGAGCUUUCAGAACGGGAGCUCAAUGCGCUUGUCACAUUCUCAGAUCCCGCCGACUUGAACUUCCUUGGAUGGUUUGAGGACGCCCAAAGUUUCUACAUCGCGAUGGAAUUCAUCCAGCAUGGUGACCUGCAACAAUACAUCACCGAGCCCUUCCCCGAGCCCGAAGCCGCGUUAAUAGUGGCGCAAGUAGCCCAGGCCCUGCUGUAUAUGCACGAGAAGGAAUUCAUCCAUCGGGAUGUUAAACCUCUGUACUGGCACGUCAAGCUGGCGGAUUUCGGCAUCAGCAAGACGACCGACAUUUCCGGGAAAGCCACGUAUAAUGUUGGAACCCCGGGAUACAUGGCACCGGAGUUGCACGACGACAGUGUACCAUACGACGCGGCUGUUGACAUAUGGGCUCUUGGUGCGGUCGCGUACUGCCUACGCGCAGGCCACCCACCAUUCCGCAACACCAAGCAGGUGCUGAGUUAUGCUGGAAAUCCCGAGGCUCAGGACUACCGAUCGCGGUUUCCGAUCGAGCCGAUCGGUUCCUCCAGCUACUUCUUUACGGACUUUGUCCUAGGCACAAUGGCCGACCUUCCAGGGCGACGGUUAGGCAUAGAGGGUGUCCUAGCUCAUCGCUGGGUGUCAGGGAAGUUGGUUGCUCCAAGCUGUUCCGAUGUGAGCGUCGAUUUGCCUGUUACCUCAUCAAUGGCUAGUCUCACAAUAGCGAAUUCGUGGGCAAGCAGUUAUGAUGAUGCGGACGACUAUCACGAGCGUUCGGACUCGCCAGCUACCCCCACGACAGACUCAGAGAUUGGCGCUGCUUCUCAGGCUUUCGUCGCUAACCGUGCCAUCAUGAAGGAUGGCAGUCGAAUCCAGCCCUCGGGAGUCGCGGUUGAGAUGGACUUAACGAUCGAGAAUCUAGACAAUCUAGAGGAAGAUUUGGCACACGCUCUGGACAUAAGGGACUAUUACAGGGCAGAGUUCUACUCAAACCGUCUUGUCACCACUCUCCGCGGAACUCUGGGCAACACCCACCAAGAGACGAUAAACGCACUGGCACAGUUAGCCGGAGUCUAUCGCGCAGGAAGCAACUUUGAGCAGGCACAGUUAAUAUAUUAUGAAGUGGUCAGUUUACGGUGUUCUGUAUUAGGUGAAAAUGAUUUGGCCACACUCAGUGCCAUGGAAAGCCUUGCCAUGGCCUAUCGCGAAGACAAGAAGUUUGACAUGGCCUUAGCAUGGUACGACAAACUCGUGGAUGUGGUGGGGUGGAACCAUCCAGAUACGAACAAAUACAGAGACGCAAGGCUGGUAGUACGUGAUGAGCAAAGCGGUAUCGGGCAGCCGCUUACAAUGUACCAAGCGCGCAUCCAAGUCGAGGGUAGGCUUUCCAGUAUUCCUCAGUAA